UUCCAAUUGAAUUGUUCCUUUUAUUCUUCAUAGGCCAUGUAUUUUUGUAUAAUGAUUUAAAGCAUCGCUUUAAUUCGAUCGGCGUGUUUGCUGAUCUUACUAGAUAUUUUCACAAUGCAAAUAGCAUUUUGGGAACGUAUCUGUUACGUAUUUACGUUUACGUAAAUGUGUCGUACAGCAUGUAAGAGCAAAUUAAGAUGUAUGAUGCACUGAAUGCAGACGACAGCCAUCGCUUUCACAGCACCAAGUGUUCUUGACUCCACCCAUGACAGUGAAAGUCAUCAGUGGCUUUAAGUUUGUAUUCAUCCUGGAAAAGAGAAAAAGGGUUAGGUGCUUGGUAUCAACAAUAAUAAGAAGAGAGGAAAAUUGAUCUUUUAUAGGAAAGCAUCGUCAGUCACUAAUGGCUGGACUUCGAGCUAUACGGCGUUUGGGUGAAGGGCUUCUUCCAGGUGGAGAGCUUAGACGACUUCCUGGACGAAACGAACAUGAUAAUGUAGUAGAUGCUUUGCUGUCAGAACUGGACAUGCAUAUCAAAGAGCUGGAACGAUACUACAGAGAAAAAGAGCUUGAGGAGAGAAGACUUCGCACUGGAGCAGAUUACAGUUGGCUUAUCUCUUACACUCCCAAAAGUUAUGAGAUGCCUCAAAUGGAGAGACUGGAAUUAGAAUCAUUGUGUUAUAAGGUUACUCCAGAAGAGUGUGGAAAGAUAAUUUCUCAGUUCCGCUCUGCCAUGACUGGAGAGCCAGCUAUUGGUGAACUUGGACGCAUAAUGCGCUGCUGUAUUCUUCAAAUUCUGGACCAGCGUCCUCCUGAAGAAUCAUUAACACAGUGGAUGACUCGACAAGCUCAUAGUCUCACCAGCUUCCGACUGAAGCCUCCAACUCGUGUUGGGCCCUCUGCUAAGAACAUUGAUGUUGAAAUGCAGGCGGAUGGUGAUGAAGCAGGUCUGGCUCGUCGUCGUGAAGCACGAUCGCACAGCAUGCCAGACUUCUCAGCUCGUGAUGGUGGCUUGAGUACUGGAAGUGCAUAUCCUAUUUAGAACAGCCGUAGGUAAAGGUCAUGAAAGGUAUCAGCAAUCAGCACUGAGAUUAGGUUUGACUAAUCUAAAUGAAGCUGAAUGACUGGAGUUCUGAUGUGUCACAGCUACAGAGAAUGUGUCACACCUGCAGAGAGUCUGUCAUCCAGUUUCCUUUAUCUGUUAUGCUGUGUUCAUCAUACCAGCCAAACAAAGUUUUAAUCUAAAGCUUCUUCCUGAAAACUGCAGAAUCAGAGUAUUGACAAAAAGUUCCUUUAUGAAGAAAAUAAAGGAAAGAUAUAUGUAUAUGUACUUUGUUUUAUUCAUGUAUGAAUCUCAUAAAAAGAUUUUGUAUUUGUCAAAUAGUUCUUUAAUAAGUGCAAAAAUGACCGUAGACAUUUUAUUUCACAAAUCAUAUAUGAACUUCACAAACAAAUGUGAAAGUUGGUGCCAUGGGCUGGCUUUUGUUAGAAGGUAACAUUUUGGGUCAGGGUAAAAGAACAUCUUUUCUGACAGGCUUUACUGUCUAUUUAUCUUUCAUUUUUCCUGAAGCCACAUAAUGGCUUGGUAAUUAUCUGAAGUGUGUGCUUGACAGAAAUUAUAUUUGUUUGACACCAGUAACUAUUCUGAUAUUUAUAUGUUUUUAAUGUCAGAAUCUUUUUUUGAAAUAACAGCUCAUUUAUCUUCAUUGCUGUACUUUCAGGUUUGAUUAUGUUUCAUAGUUUUGCAUUUGUUCAGGUUGUGAAAUUAGCUGUAUAUUUGAGGCAAUAUUGAAUAUAAUAUUACGUGGUAUUUGUUUUCUUUUAACAAGUGUUAUUUUACACAUCUUGGAAUUCAGCUUGGAUUUACAAAUAUGUUGACAUUUCUUGGUUACUUAUGUUCUCUGAUCACCUACACCAAGAGUAUUUAGCAGAUGUGAAAGAUGAUUGAGUAACUUAUGAGGCCUUUCUAAGUUUUAUGUAAUUUGAUAAUUUGUAAAGCUGGGUAAUUUAUUUUUUAUUAGAAAGCUUUAUGCCAUUUGGUGAUUCUGGAUUGAAUUUCUUUUUGCUUUUUCCUGUGGAAUUCAGCUUCCAAUCUCAUCCAUUGCACUUAUUCUCUUUCAUGCUUUUAAUGCACAUUUAUCACAACUGCAAGAUAGCAAUAUCUUUGUAAGGUUUUAUCUGAAGAAAGAAGGCUAGAUUAUGUGCCAGUGAUCUCUGUGUUGUGAGUAUGUAUAUCAUGAAUGUUAUUUUCAACAUGCAGUAAUACAGGAAUGCGUUUUUAACUCAUUCGAUACAAUUGAGCUGUAGCUAUGAAGAUGUUCUUAUCUGCAGGUACAAAGUAUAUAGGAAGAAUUAAGGUCAGAGAUGGCUCCAGAAAAUUGUGGUUUUAGAUAAUAACAUAUUUUAAUACAUUGAUGUACAAUACAUAUAUGCAUUUUUGUUGAAAAGUGAAUGUUUCUUUUAAUGUUACAUUCAUUUUUCACACCUGCCCUCACCAAAUUUCUUGGACUGGAAGAUUGGAGAAUUGCUCAUGCUUAGGCCUUAGUGUGUUUUGUUUUUUUUUGUUUUUUUUUUAAAAAAAGCUUAUGAUGUGGGUUCAUUAACACAAAGGUUUAUCAUACAUAGAUUAGUUCAUGUAUUGAAAAGCUUUAAGAUGAUGCAAUAUAUUGGCUCAGUUUUUUUUUUAACUGAAGUGCUUUUAAGUACUGUUCAUUUGUAUGGUUACAAUCAAAGUAACCAUAAAUAUUUUUUGUUCAGAUUGGUCUGUGUGGCUUCAUUGCUGAAUUAACAAUUGAACAAGAAUAUCUGUGCUAAACUCAUUCCAUAUUUAAAUGGCUUUAUUUUUUGGUUUUUAAAAUGAACAAUAUUUGCAUUUUAUUUAAGAUUUUUUAUUUUUAAGAUGAUUUUAAGAUUUUAUUUGCAAACUUUUUCAAGUUUUAUUGUCAUUCUGUACAAACUUUAUACAUUUUGGAUGUACUUUAUGCAGAUAUUAUAUUUGUAACCAAUAAGGGCUAGGGUUAGGACAUUAUUCCUUUUGAAGUGUCUGAAGAUGGGCAUAAUGUAUAACAUAUAUACAUGCUUUUGGUUUAUGCUCACUUCUUUUUCCAUUUUACCAGUUUGUCUGAUUAACUUAGAAUGUGGUGCCAUAUUCAGAAGUUUAGCAAUUCAAAUAGAUAUAAAACUAGUUUAGAUGUGCAUGCAUGAAUGCAUGUGCAAAUACAAACACACAUGCAUAUAUAUAUAUACGUGGAAACAUGAAUUUAAAAUAAUACCAUCACCAAUUUUUUUUAAAUUAAAUUAAAAUUUUUAAUGUUAUUUUUAAAAUGACCUUCAAAAGGAAACUGUAUCAGGGUUGCCCAACCUACGGCCCAUGAAGGUGUCUCAUGCGGCCUGCGCAUUUUAACUAGACGCAACAUAAGUUCAUUUUGAACAUCAUUAUUCUGGCAAAACCGCCGUGUUCUGGGCUAUGAGAUUUUAUAUCAUGUCCAGUGCUGCCCUCGGGCAAGAAAAGGUUGGGUACCACUGGUAUAGAUUUAUCGAAAAUAUUGUUUAAAAAUCACAGUUGCCAAAAUUUGGAGUUGGAAGACUUCUGAUGUGUAGCAUUGUUACAGUAUUGCCUUCCUACAGUUCAUUAACCUGGUAAUGGCACUAAGUCAUCCCACUUAAAAUAGAUGCAGCUCUUAGUGGCACAGAUGUGUUCUCCGCUUUUUUUCCCACAAACUUCUUCAUAGGAUGUACAAGAGGGGGCAUUAUUGAAAUUGCAGCAUGUGUUUUAUUUAUUGAAAAAGCAAUGAAAGUGAUGAAAGAGUAAAGUGAAGUACUUGCACUUUUGCUAGUCGAAACAAUCACAUUGAUUGAUAUUUGUGCCAAAUGCAACAGUUACAGGGCCUUACAUGAUUUUAAGAAAUAUCAGGAAUUACUGAACUAAAAUGGGCCUUUUGAAGAUAUGUUUAAGGUGCAUAAAUGGUUUCACAAUAAAUUGUUGUGCAUAUUAUUCUUGGGUUUACACUGUAUGCAUUUAAAAAAGUACAUAAGAUGUGAACAUAUGGAAAUAUGAAAAUUUUUAAGAAAGUAGUUUUCAAAGGAAAAUGCAUCAAAUGUCUUGGGACAAUAAAUAAACUGCAGAAUGUCAA